AAUUACGACGUUUGCUUUGAUUUAAUAGGCGAGACAUGGAAUCCGCUAAAAUUGCGAUAUCAACUCAAAAACGUGAGAGAACGUUUAGCAAAGAAUUUAGUUGAAAAGGGCGUUUUAACCACUGAGAAACAGAAUUUUUUGCUUUUUGAUAUGACAACCCAUCCUCUUACCGACAACGUUACAAAAUGUCGCCUUGUUAAAAAGAUUCAAGAUGCAGUAUUAACAAAAUGGAUAAAUGAUCCACAACGCAUGGAUAAGCGAAUGCUGGCUCUGAUAUUCCUUGCCCAUGCCAGUGAUGUUUUAGAGAAUGCUUUUGCCCCGCUCAAUGACGAUGAUUACGAGCUAGCAUCAAAAAGAGUCCGAGAACUUCUGGAUUUGGAUUUUGAACAAGAAUCUGUUAAGCCAAAUUCUACAGAAGUUUUAUGGGCAGUGUUUGCUGCAUUUACCAAGUAAUUCUAAAAAAACGGAAAUACAUGAAGUAAAAGUAAAAUCAGUGUUAACAAGAAACGUGUUAUAGUAACGACUUGUUUACUCCAUCUGAAAAAGACUGUUUUUUACUUAAAAUUUUAUUGAUUUACAUGCAUCAAUGUAUAUCAGAUUAAAUGUGUUUGUAAAAAGGGACAGUGUAUUAAAAAUUUAAACUAGCAACUACUUAUUAAAAUUAAAAUGAAUUCUUUACACUGUUACUUUUGAUACUACUAUACUGGGAAUAUUUUUUGAUAUGUAUCAAGUGUCAUAAAAAUUAGUAGUGAUAUAAUUUAUAUCUUUUUCAUGCCUACAAAUUUUAUUG